AUGAAGAAUGAAUAUACACUAAUUUAUUGGUACAAUUAUUUGUAUGUUACUGUCUUUGUGUCUUUCUCGGGUACAAGUGCUCGAAAGACGCUAUUGUUUUAUCGUUUCAAUAUCGUCAAUUUUUCUUUAAGCUACCACCAAAAUCUAUUUAUUUUUCACUUAACCUUUGAAGAGAUUGCAGAAAAUAUUUCCUGUCCAGAAAAAGACAGAAUCAUAUCGUCCCUAUCAAUUGGCACAUUUGAAAGCACCAAGCAAGUAAGCCUCGCAUAUCUAUCUCUUUGUGGGUUGGAAGAUAUGAAAAACUGGUCUGUACCUCACAACGAAUACCAUAGACGCAUUAAAGAUGCAAUAACGGGAUGUCUACUUCGCAAACAUGGAUUUAAUGUUUGUUUGUUUGAUGAAUUUAGUACUUCCAGGCACUGUCCUUCAUGCUCUCAGUCUUCCCUUUGA